UGAUUCCCAACGCAACAUCAGGUUAUCAUGGUGUGCAUCCGCAAUGCGACGGUGACCGACUUAUUGGCGAUGCAGAACGCGAAUCUGUGGUGUCUGCCUGAGAACUACCAGAUGAAAUACUACUACUACCACAUCAUGUCGUGGCCGCAGUUGCUGUACGUGGCGGAGGACCAUCACGGCAAGAUUGUCGGUUACGUGUUGGCCAAGAUGGAAGAAGACGCUUCCGUGCCGCACGGCCACAUCACGUCCCUUGCUGUGUUGCGCACGCACCGUAAGUGCGGCAUCGCGACCAAGCUUAUGAAGGCCGCGCAACGUGCGAUGGUCGAGAACUUCAAGGCCGAGUACGUGUCGCUCCACGUGCGCGAAACCAACGCGGCGGCUUUCCAUUUGUACCGCAAGACCCUCGAAUACCAAGUGUACGACAUCGAGAAGGGGUACUACGCCGACGGCGAAGACGCGUACGACAUGCGACUGCCGUUCACGGAGAAGUGCAACACCGCCAUGUCAUCCAACGUCGCCAAGUGGAACGCGUACUUGAUCGAACAAGGCAAGUAAAUACAGACGCCUGGCCCAUUAAACACGAACCAAAACAACAUCCUGAGUCUCGAUCUACAGAGA